AUGAUGUCGCGUCUAACGAGUUCAGUGGAGCUACGGGUUUUCGAGAAGCGGCUGCUGGUGACAGGCGGAGAGAACUGGGCUGCCGCCGUGCACUUCUCUGUCCGUGUUGAGGAAGAAGGUGUUCGUGCUUCACAUGUAGUUGUCUCCCUAGUGAAAAACUAUCCGAACUAUCUGAUUAUAAAUCUAGAUAAGCUCGACUACUGUGCAAGCUUGAAGAAUCUUGAAACUGUCUCUGAGAAAGAAAACUACAAGUUUAUCCAGGGAGAUAUUUGUGAACCUGAUUUCAUAAAACAUCUCUUUGAAACUGAGAAAAUAGAUAUAGUCCUUCAUUUUGCAGCCCAGACACAUGUAGAUCUUUCAUUUUGGCAUGCCCUGGAAUUCACUUAUGUGAAUGUGUAUGGCACUAAUGUGCUGGUUGCUGCUGCGCAUGAAGCCAACGUGGAGAAGUUUGUCUAUGUUAGUACGGAUGAAGUAUAUGGAGGUAGUACUGAUGAGGAAUUUGAUGAAUCUUCACCAAAAUGUCCAACAAAUCCCUACGCUUCCUCUAAAGCAGCUGCAGAGUGUUUUGUUCAGUCUUACUGGGAAAGAUACCAAUUCCCAGUUGUUAUCACACGGAGCAGUAAUGUUUAUGGACCUCAUCAGUAUCCAGAAAAAGUUAUUCCAAAGUUUAUAUCUCUGUUACAACAGAACAGAAAAUGCUGUAUUCAUGGUUCUGGACUUCAGAGAAGGAAUUUUCUAUAUGCAGCUGAUGUGGUAGAAGCAUUCCUUACUGUCCUGAAGGAGGGAAAGCCAGGUGAAAUUUAUAACAUUGGAACUAACUUUGAGAUGUCCAUUGCCCAGCUUGCUAAGGAGUUAAUCCAUUUAAUAAAGAAGACCAGUUCAGAAUCUGAAAUGGAGUACUGGAUGGAUUAUGUCAAAGACAGACCUACCAAUGAUCUGAGAUAUCCAAUGAGCUCAGAAAAAAUGCACAAUUUAGGAUGGAGACCUAAGGUGCCUUGGAAAGAAGGAAUAAAGGAAACAAUUGAAUGGUACAAGGAAAACUUUCAUAACUGGAAAAACACAGAGAAAGCUUUGGAGCCCUUUCCUAUGACAGAGCCAUUUGCACAGCUCAGUGGUCCAUAGGGUGGUGGAGAACCCAAAGGAAUUUAUUCUACUUCACACAGUCUUUUCUUCAAAGCAUUCAGUCAAGUGGCCACAUUAAUGUAUUCAAAGAUAUGUGAACCAUGAUGAAUACAGAACCUUGGGAAGGGUUUCAGCACUUUCUAAAUGGAACAAUGGUGCAAUGCUAUAUUCUCACUAGGUAUUGAUUUUAAGGAACUAUACAGGGUGAAGAAUAUUUAUAAUGCUGUUAAUUAGUGUAACUGAUGCCAAAUCUGCCAUAUUAAUAAAGAAUAAAUAAUUCCAGUUACAGUUUGGGGGACGUUCAGUGAAAUUUGUUUUAGC